AUGGAACACACCACGGUUACUAGUGCACCAAGCACCACCAUGGAACUCUCCACUGUUAUGAGCACAGUGCCUUCAACUCAUACAAGCCCUGAAAUGUCCACCUUGACUCCAGAAGCAACCCCUACCACAACCAAAGUUCCAUUGGUGUGCAACAACGAGGGUCUGCUGCAAAAUGGAGUUUGCCUCUGCCCAGAUGAGUGGACUGGUGUCAACUGCUCUACAGCUAACAUCUGUGAGAAAGCCACGCUUAACAAUUUCACUUUUCCAAAGACUGUAAUUGGCUGGUCUGCAUACUCUGAGCAGAAAUGUGGGCCUGAUACAAUGAACCCUGGUAUCUCCAAAGCUACUGCAAGGUGCAUGAAUAGCACGGCAGGCCAAGUAGAGUUUGAUGAUCCUCAGGAGAUAGACUGUGGACUUACCCUGGGUGAUCUCCUAGCCAAUAUCUCUGGCCCUAUCGAUCAGCAGAAGGCUCAGCAGCUUGCCACCAGUACACAGAUGCUGACCUCCAAUCCAGCGAAACUGACAUCAUUAGCUAUCAACUCCGCUGCAAUGAUUGUCAACCGCAUCCUGGUUGAAGAUACAUUAAGCAACAUCACUAAGGAGACAGCAACAUCAGUUGUAACUACAGUCAGUCAGUUACUGUCCGCUGACCCGAACCAAUACUCAGAAACAACUGACAGCACAAUGGGACUCGCAAAGUCCAUAGAUAACCUGUCGUUGAAGCCAAUAGAUGGGUUGAUGUCACUAGUGGUCCAGCCCAAGCUGGUGAUCCAAACCACACAAGUAAAUAGUCACGAGUCACAAGGCAUCCAAUUCAGUGCUCUUUCAGGAGCAUCAUCUAGUACCUUCACCGCAAACCGAAUUCAAGUGAACAGCAAUGCUUCCGAAAUGACUCCGAGUGAAAUCCCUUCUGAAGUUGAGAUUUUCAUAAAAUGUCCCUCAGCUACACCAAACACAAAUAUUACUAUUGGUUUUGCACUUUAUGAAAAUGAUGUCUUCUUCCAGUCAAAGUCUUUCAAGCCUUUCAAACCUUCCUCUGGCACUAGCAUGAGGGUGAUCUCUGGCAGUAUGGCUGGUGCUAAAGCAGAACACGUCGAACUAAACUUCAAGCCCAUGAAUGUCUCCGAUAAAGUCUUACAUGACUUUGCAUGUGUUUUCUGGGAUAACAACAUCAGUGACUGGAGUACUGAGGGCUGCAACAAACUCAGUUUUAAUCUCUCCAUUCUCAAGUGUCGCUGUAACCAUACCACUAACUUUGCUGUGAUAAUGUCUUUAAGGGCUAUUACAGGAGCUGAAGCUCUGGAUUGGAUCAGCAAAGUGGGAUGUGCAUUGUCUAUCCUGGGACUCAGCAUUACACUUGUGUAUCAGAUUAUGACCAGGUAA